AUGGCUAUCACCAUCUCCCCUGCCGAUGUCAACGACAUCAAACCCCUCAUCCGCCUCAAUCAAGCAGCCUUUCCAUUAAUGUACACCUCCAUCCUCUUCAAUGGUCCCCUCGAAGAGUCAACCAUCGACGCGAUAGCCGAGCAGCGCAUCAAAUCACUCGAGGAAGAAAAUGAAAAGAGCGAUGGCCAAGAAUCACCGCAAAAGAAGUUCAUUGGCUUCAAAGCUAUCGAUGACUCCACCCGUGAAAUUGUCGGCGAGGCUCGCUGGAUGAUUUAUUAUGAGGAUGAAGUACUCACGAAAUCUAUCGAGGACGAAGUCGAGAAGAGCAUCAACCCGGUGAUGCCUCAGAUGAAGGUGCAGCCUACGGCCGAGUUUGCGAGAAUACUUGCCACGACAAAACGAGAAGUCCUUGCUAUUCCUGUUGAUUCGCAAGAUACUACAGACUCUAGCACACCCAUCAAACUACGUAAAAGGGUGUAUCUGCAACUUUUGGCUGUUCAUCCAGAUCAUCAGAAGAAAGGGAUAGGACGCAAAUUGCUUCAGUGGGGGCUUGACGAGGCUGAUAGAGCUGGGUUGAUUACCUAUCUGGAGGCUUCAGCGGAGGGUGCCAGGUUGUAUGAAUCAGCUGGUUUCGAGAAGGUGAAGGAUAUGGCUAUGGAUUUGACACCCUUUGGUGUGAACCACAAAUUGCCGAUAAGGUUGAUGAUGAAACAGCCCAGGUCUAAACAAUGCCAGUGA